AUGUACUCUAAAGCGUUGCUGGUUUUGGCGUUGAGCUUGUUGGUAGCUCAGUGUGCAGCUGGGCCUGUCGGUUUCAUUUUAACUUACGGUGCCUGUCAGACAGCUUGCAAUGCAGCCUACGUGACCUGUUGUACUGCAGCUGGCACCACAGCAGAUAAUAGAUUAUACAUUAUAGAUGCUCUUCUUCAAACUCCUCCAUCAUGUAGCUGACCGAUGCAGCUUGUUGUAUAAGGUUCCACAAUUAAGAACAGUCUAUGGAAUGUGGUGAAACGCGCUACGCACCAUCUUCUGUGUUCUAAUGUAAAAAGUUGUGCAUAUAUAAUUCUACUACUCGAUCACAUUGUUGAAUAAUUGAUCUUACAAUAUUGUUGAAAAUAUAUCGUAAAUUUAAACUAUGAAAUUUGAAUACAUGAAACUUUGAAGUUAA